UCUGUGUCCCAGAACGAGUACAUUGCUGAGCGAGAUGCGCGGCUGGCGUGGAUUACCGGCUUCACGGGCUCAGCAGGGACCGGCGUGGUGACGCUGCACAAGGCGGCUCUGUGGACAGACAGCCGGUACUGGACCCAGGCGGAGCGCCAGAUGGACUGCAACUGGGAGCUGCAGAAGAUAGUCUGGACGGACGCCAUCGGCGACUGGCUACGGACCUGCCGCGGAGCUAACCAAGCGCCUCCCUCCCCAGCUCUCUGGCAAGGCUACACCCGCGUCCUGAAGGACUCCGGCCGGACCCUGGUUCCCAUUGAGGACAACCUCGUGGACCUGGUGUGGGGCUCGCAGCGGCCUCCUCCGCCCACCAGCCCGAUCUACCUCCUGCCAGAGACCUUCACGGGCAGCACCUGGCAAGAGAAGGUGUCCGGGAUCCGGAGCCAGAUGGAGCAGUUUUCCCGCAGCCCCAUGGCCGUGCUGCUGUCUGGGCUGGAGGAGACAGCCUGGCUCUUCAACCUCCGAGGAAGCGACAUCCCGUACAACCCCGUCUUCUACUCCUACACACUCCUCACCACCGCCAACAUCAGGCUCUGCUGCCCACUGCAGGACAAGCUAGUGGAAAGCAGCUACUCGCCAGUGAUGACCACCAAGGCCGUGAAGAACGCCAAGGAGCAGGAGCUGCUGAAGGUGACCCAUGACAAGCUAGUGGAAAGCAGCUACUCGCCAGUGAUGACCACCAAGGCCGUGAAGAACGCCAAGGAGCAGGAGCUGCUGAAGGUGACCCAUGCGCCCCUGCCAGUGCCCUGGCCCCUUCUCGCCGGGCUGCCCCCUCUCGGCCCCCCCGCCUCCCCGGCCUCCUUUCUCCUUUCCAGAGCGCAGGAGCACUGCCGGGGGCCCAGCUUCGAGACCAUCUCUGCCAGCGGGCUCAACGCGGCCCUCGCCCACUACAGCCCAUCCAACGUCAGCAGCCGGAAGUUGUCUGUGGAUGAGCUGUACCUUUCAGACUCCGGAGGGCAAUAUCUGGGUGGAACCACGGACAUAACCCGGACUGUCCACUGGGGGACGCCCACCCCAUUCCAGAAGGAAGCCUACACGCGAGUGCUGAUGGGAAACAUUGACCUGGCCAGGCUCGUCUUCCCCUCGGGAACGUCAGGGCGAAUGGUUGAGGCCUUCGCGCGCCGUGCUCUGUGGGAGGCUGGACUCAACUACGGCCACGGGACUGGCCACGGCAUCGGCAACUUUCUGUCUGUUCAUGAGUGGCCCGUGGGAUUCCAGUCCAACAACGUGCCCCUGACCAAAGGGAUGUUCACAUCCAUAGAACCCGGCUACUACCAGGAGGGGGACUUUGGAAUCCGCAUCGAAGACGUGGCGCUGGUGGUGGAAGCUCAGACCAAGGUGACGCCUCCCCGGGUGGGACAGAUGGACGCUCGGACGCCCCCUCCCCCACUUUCUCCCUCUCUUCUAGAGGGCUGGAACGCGUGCUACGAGGCCAUCCGCCGGCGCGUGGGGCCCGAGCUGCAGCGGCGCCAGCUGGAGGAGGAGUACGCCUGGCUGCAGAGGAACACGGAGCCCUUCUCCGGGGGCUCCCUGGUGGCCGCCUCCCUGGGCACCCUGGCUCUCACCACUCUGGUGUCCACGCUCCUGCCGGACAGGCAGGCCUGAGGGAGACUGCGAAUGGGCCAGCCCAGGGAUCUCCUAGCCCCCGGCCCUCCCUGCCCCCAGCAGUUUUGUGUG